AUGAUGAAUUUGGAAAAUAUACCAAAGUAGGUAAUGAGUUUACAAUAGGUUUUCAGGUUUUGCUUGAUUCCAUUUUUAUUAUCAACUUUAUUUCGCAAAGUGACAAAGCUCAAAUCCUCUUUUAAUUUUUAUCAGAUAAUGUUAUUGAUGAUUGAUCUGUAAUCAUUGACUGAUUACAUAAACACAACCGAAUCGUAUUAAAGAUAUUCUCUAAUUUAUGCUAUUAGAAUAAUUAGACCUACCAUCAUGUUUAUUGAUUUAGUUAAAGAUAUUGCAAAAGUGACUAUGGGACAUUUUGAAUAAAGACUAUAGUCCAAACAAUUUUAGAUAUAGCAGCAACCUCAAUAAAUCAAUAGGAAUAAGCAAAUUAAUAGGAGAGUUUAAGUGACGAAUCAGACCAAGAUGAAUCAUAAAAGUUAAUCAAUACAAAAAAAUAGCAACAACAAUAAUAAAAAAUGAUAAAACGACUGCAAAUAAAAUUCCUUUAAUUGCAUUAAAUUUAAUUAUCAAUUAACAACAAUAUAAUAGUUAAAUAAUUGACUCUUGGAGUUUUGAUAAAUCAUUUUCAACCAUUUUCAAUCAGAGAAUAAUUAUUGAUAAUGAUCAAACUCAACUUUUGUUGUUAAAUUUAUUAGACCUUGAAGAAAACCAAGUGUAAUUAAUAAGCACUUAAUAAUAUAGAGACUUAAUAGCUGAAUAUCUAUCUAAAUUAUUUGGAUGA